AUGCUUGCCAAUUCAGCCAGCGUGCGGAUUCUUAUCAAGGGAGGCAAGGUGGUGAACGAUGACUGCACCCAUGAGGCUGAUGUCUAUAUUGAGAAUGGCAUCAUCCAGCAGGUGGGCCGUGAGCUCAUGAUCCCCGGUGGGGCCAAGGUGAUUGAUGCCACUGGAAAGCUGGUGAUCCCCGGAGGCAUCGACACCAGCACCCACUUCCACCAGACCUUCAUGAACGCCACGUGCGUGGACGACUUCUACCAUGGGACCAAGGCAGCGCUCGUUGGAGGCACCACCAUGAUCAUCGGCCACGUUCUGCCUGACAAGGAGACCUCCCUCGUGGAUGCCUAUGAGAAGUGCCGGGGUCUGGCUGACCCCAAGGUCUGCUGUGACUAUGCCCUCCAUGUGGGGAUCACCUGGUGGGCACCCAAGGUGAAAGCAGAAAUGGAGACCCUGGUGAGGGAGAAGGGUGUCAACUCGUUCCAGAUGUUCAUGACCUACAAGGACUUGUACAUGCUUCGAGACAGUGAGCUGUACCAAGUGUUGCAUGCCUGCAAGGACAUUGGGGCGAUUGCCCGAGUCCAUGCUGAAAAUGGGGAGCUUGUGGCCGAGGGUGCUAAGGAGGCACUAGAUUUGGGUAUCACAGGCCCAGAAGGAAUCGAGAUUAGCCGUCCAGAGGAGCUGGAAGCUGAAGCCACGCACCGAGUUAUCACCAUUGCAAACAGGACUCACUGUCCAAUCUACCUGGUCAACGUGUCCAGCAUCACGGCUGGUGAUGUAAUCGCAGCUGCUAAGAUGCAAGGGAAGGUCGUGCUGGCUGAGACCACCACUGCACAUGCCACACUGACAGGCUUACACUACUACCACCAGGACUGGUCCCACGCGGCCGCCUAUGUCACGGUGCCUCCCCUGCGACUGGACACCAACACCUCCACCUACCUCAUGAGCCUGCUGGCCAAUGACACUCUGAACAUUGUGGCAUCAGAUCACCGGCCGUUCACCACAAAGCAGAAAGCUAUGGGCAAGGAGGACUUCACCAAGAUCCCGCACGGAGUGAGCGGCGUGCAGGACCGCAUGAGUGUCGUCUGGGAGAGGGGAGUGACCUUGAAGGUUAAGGGAGUAGACCGCACCCCCUACCUGGGGGAUGUCGCUGUGGUUGUGCAUCCCGGGAAAAAAGAGAUGGGAACACCGCUCGCAGACACUCCUACCCGGCCCGUCACCCGACAUGGGGGCAUGCGGGACCUUCAUGAAUCCAGCUUCAGCCUCUCUGGUUCUCAGAUCGAUGACCAUGUUCCAAAGCGAGCUUCGGCUCGGAUCCUCGCUCCCCCGGGAGGCAGAUCAAGUGGCAUUUGGUAAAGGCACUGACCAGCCCCCAAGUGAGGAUGCACCGCUGGCACCAGCCCGCACACCCUCCGGCCGCAGCUGCAGGGGCGGGAGAGGCUGGGCUGGGCAGCAAACCACCUGAGGGGGCCCCAGGACCCGGGAGCCCUCCCCAUGUCUGAAACGUGAUUCACUGUGCUUCGAGCCGACCCUGACAGGCACUUUGAGAUAUGUUCCUCCUGCUGUAGUCUUUUCCUGCCUUGGCCUCAGCGGCGGGCUUUUCUGGGGCCCAGGAAGCCCACACUAUGCACAGAGCCCAACGCAUAGAGCCCGGCCCAGCCCCUCCUCUCACACCUGCCUCCACGUGCUGGCUUUGGGAAAGCCCAGACUUGAGUGCCCUGCCCCUGGCUGGGCGGCCAGGUGUCCAGAGCACUUUAGCAGAUGUAUUGUAAAAGUAAAGGCCUCCCCACCCACCUCCUUAGGCCCCAUGGUGACAUUUCCCAAGUCAGACAGGUGUCAGCUUCCCAGCCAUGCCCAGGACAUCCCGUUUCUCCUGACUCACCUCUGGCCCUGUGUGGGUGUGGUUGGGACCCCCUGGGUGUGGGUGUGGUUGGGACACCCUGUGCCCUUUGCCAGCUUUUCCUUCCCCCACCCAUGCCCUCUGGGAGUCACAGGCCCAGAGGGUAGCUGGGGGGUGGGACAGGCACGAGGCUGGUGCCAGGCACGUGUACAUGGUUUUGUUUUGCACGUUUGGUUUGCGCAGUGGUUUGGUUUGACUUGUUUGUGCAUCCUGUGAAAAAUAACGGUGCUUUGUGUCCCUAGCAUAGCAUAGAAACAGGAAUAGAUGUGGUCCUUAGGAGACGCUGCACUCGACACCAACCAGACAGCACAGGGCAGAGGCAGUGGUGCGCUGGCCUCUCAGGCCCCUCUUCUUCCCACCUGGGGUCCUCUGGGCUGCUGAGGCCCUGGCCCAGGCCUUCUUCUCCCCUCUCCUCCUGGUCUAGUUUCCUACAUUCUGAGAGGGCGCCUGGGAUGCUGGCCCUGGAGACCUUCAGCAGCCUCGUGGCCUUUCCCAUCUCUGCCCCUGGUCAGUCACAGCACUAACCGCGCCCCCCC